CUCCCCUGCUCCUUCUCACCCUCAGGCUCGGCCUCUGGCGCGAUGGGGGGACUGGGGCCAGUCCUGUGGGCUCUGCUGGUGUGUGUGGAGUUUGCCAGCGGCAAGAAACAGCCAGGCCUGAACCUGAGCUGCUACCAGUGCUUCAAAGUCACCAGGGAGGAGCUGUGCGCGCCCACCCAGUGCUACCCCACCGACCGGGUCUGCGUGUCCAGCGCGGUGGUCCUGACCAAGAGAUCAAGGGUGAUGGUCCAACUCAGCAAGCGCUGUGCUCCCAGAUGUCCCAACACCAACAUGAAGUACGAGUGGAUGUUGGGAUCUAUGGCGUUUGGCAAGAUCGUCAGGCAGUGCUGUUCUGGAUAUCUCUGCAACGGGGCCUCCGCCACCCGCUCGGCCCUUCGAGGGGGGUUCCUGCUUGGGGCAGCCCUCGGCCUCCUCUGGGCCCUGCUGUGAGCACCUUCUUCUUGGCCCCGCAGACCCACUGCACCCUCCCGACCCCCGCCUCUGCCCUGCCUCCGUCCCUUUCAAGACACUGGCGGGGGGACCCUCCCCCUCUGAGGUAGCGGGAAGGGUACCGCUGCCUCCAACCUGGACCUGGCCACCUCUCCCAUCCCUGGGGGAGCCCUGUGCUCAGACAGCCAGGAGUUAGCCGUCCUGCCUUGCCUGGGGGAUGGUGGGCGUGUCCCAGCUCGGGGUAGCCGCUCCCUG